AUGGCUUUCCUCAACAUCUGCCGGGAGUCUCUGCUGGUGCUUUUACUGCAGAUUGUCCUGAUUUGCUCAGCCCAGAGGGGCCCGGUUGGUCCCAGAGGCCCCCCAGGACCACCUGGCAUCGCCGGUGUGCCAGGAGUGGAUGGAAUCGAUGGGGACAGAGGAGAAGACUCCACAGUGACCGGUGCCCCAGGAUUUGAUGGAGACAAUGGCAAAGAUGGGGUUCCUGGAGCUGCAGGCCUUCCAGGGGCCGAUGGACCUGUGGGACCUGUUGGGGAUCCAGGUCCAGAUGGCCCCAAAGGGCCAAAGGGGGAUAUUGGGGCUCGCGGUCCUCCGGGAGAGCCUGGUGUGGGUGCUGAUGGCCUUGAUGGCAUUCCUGGUACAGACGGGUUACCGGGUGAACUGGGGAAAGUCGGACCCCCUGGAGCAAAAGGCAAGAGAGGUCAAGUUGGUCUUCCUGGUCCUGCCGGGCCUCGGGGACCUCCGGCUGUUUAUCAGGGCGAGGAGCUGUGUCCCAACGCCUGUCCCUCCGGCCUAAACGGGUACUCUGGACUCCCCGGCAUGAAAGGCCACAAAGGGGUUAAGGGAGAAUCGGGGGAGCCCGGAAGACAAGGCCACAAGGGAGAAGAGGGUGAACAAGGACCCCCUGGGGAUGUUGGAGCCCAAGGGUUGCCAGGUCCAGGUGGACUGAGAGGCCUCCCAGGAAUUAUGGGCUCCAAAGGUGACAGGGGAGUUCGAGGAAAGUUUGGUGAUGUGGGUGGCCCGGGAGUCCAGGGAGGGCCAGGGGAUCCAGGUCAGAGGGGAGCCAUUGGGGAGCUGGGGCCGAGGGGAGUACAGGGUGACCGAGGACCAACCGGAAUCAGAGGGGUGCCAGGACCCAAAGGAGAGCCAGGCCUUCCUGGUCCAGAUGCUCGUGAGGGAAUACCGGGGUUACCUGGGUCCAAGGGUCUUCCAGGAAAAAGUGGCGCUCCAGGGGAUGCUGGUCCUCAAGGACUUCCUGGUUUACCUGGUACAUACGGCCAAAAGGGACACAGUGGAGCAAAGGGUAACACAGGAGACCCAGGAGUUGUAGGAUUGAUGGGGUCAUCUGGGAAGCAAGGCGAGCGAGGCGACCAGGGAGAGGUGGGACCGGUUGGACCCAGAGGAGGACCUGGUGAACGUGGAGAGAGAGGACAUGAUGGGCCUCCAGGAUUACCAGGAGCCAGGGGGAGCAAAGGGAAUCCGGGCCUUCCAGGACUUCCUGGUCCAGCAGGAUACCGAGGUGUGAAAGGAGACAGGGGCGCAGUUGGUCUUGAUGGUCCGAAGGGUGAUCAGGGACCUGCAGGUGCUGAAGGAACACCAGGAGAUAGCGGAGAUCUGGGGGAUCAAGGAGAACCUGGAGAGAAAGGAUCGUCAGGCCCGCCAGGAGAGACGGGAAGCAAAGGACCCGAGGGGGGGCGAGGACUGCCGGGCAAAGAGGGCAAGCCGGGCCAGCCGGGACCACGAGGCAUGCAGGGAGACACGGGUGUGCCGGGACUCCCAGGAGGACAGGGACCAGCGGGGAAAUCACCCAAAGAUACUCACAUCAAGCAGGUCUGCAUGAGGGUAAUGCAAGAGCAGCUGGCCCAGCUAGCGGCCAGUCUGAGCAGGCCCGAGUCAGGCGUCUCCGGCCUCCCCGGGCCCCCCGGCCCCCCCGGACCUCCAGGCCCCACCGGAGAGAACGGUUUCCCCGGUCACACGGGGUCCAGAGGUCUGCCCGGCCUGAAGGGUCCCCCUGGGGUGAUAGGCCGCAAAGGACCCAAAGGUGAGGACAAACUCCAGCAGAGAACAUUGUGGUCAUCCACCAACAUUGAUUGUUACUGCGAGCCGUCGCAGUGCGUCCUGCCCAUGGUGGCGUCUCCGAUUUCAGCCAAGGACUCGGGCAUGAAGGGGCCCAACGACAUGUGA